UAGAUCUCGACUACAGGAUGUCAAACACCAAUGUUACAGGGCAGUGCCCGGGUCCGAUGAAGGCAACCUCUAAUGGAGCCUUCCAAAACGAAAGCCCUCUUGAUUUCGCGCUUCCUUUGAUCAUCCUACAGAUUGUCUUGGUGGUUGCAUUUACCAGGCUCCUGGCUUACUUUCUUAAACCUCUCAAACAACCUCGAGUCAUUGCUGAGAUCAUUGGAGGGAUACUGCUUGGACCUUCCGCACUGGGACGAAGCAAGGUUUAUCUUGACACCAUCUUCCCAAAGAAGAGCUUGACCGUUUUAGACACACUCGCCAACAUCGGUCUUCUGUUUUUCUUGUUCCUAGUUGGGCUUGAGCUCGACUUUGCAGCGAUCAGAAAAACUGGGAAGAAAUCACUAUUGAUAGCCCUAGCUGGGAUCUCACUUCCUUUUAUACUGGGUGUAGGCACAUCUUUUGUUCUAAGUGCUACCAUAAGCAAAGGAGUCCAUCAGCUUCCUUUUAUUGUCUUCAUGGGUGUUGCCUUAUCAAUCACUGCCUUCCCUGUGCUUGCUCGUAUCCUAGCUGAGCUAAAGCUUCUAACAACCGACAUUGGACGUAUGGCUAUGUCAGCAGCAGGAGUGAACGAUGUUGCAGCUUGGAUACUCCUUGCGCUUGCUAUUGCUCUCUCAGGAGAUGGGACUUCUCCACUGGUAUCUGUUUGGGUUCUUCUUUGUGGAUCUGGAUUUGUGAUCUUUGCAGUUGUGGCAAUCAAACCUCUCCUUGCUUAUAUGGCUAGACGCUGUCCUGAGGGAGAACCUGUGAAGGAACUCUAUGUUUGUGUCACUUUAACCUUGGUUUUAUCAGCAAGCUUUGUUACAGACACUAUUGGGAUACACGCGCUGUUCGGGGCGUUUGUAGUAGGCAUAGUAACUCCUAAAGAAGGACCAUUUUGCAGGGUUUUGACAGAGAAGAUAGAGGAUCUGGUCUCGGGGCUUCUUCUACCACUGUAUUUUGCGGCUAGCGGUCUUAAAACUGACGUAACAACUAUCAGAGGAGGACAGUCAUGGGGACUUCUAGUUCUUGUCAUACUCACCACUUGUUUUGGGAAGAUUUUCGGAACCGUUGGGGCCUCCAUGCUCUGCAAGGUUCCUUUCAGAGAAGCCAUGGCACUUGGUGUCCUUAUGAACACCAAAGGUUUAGUAGAGCUCAUUGUUCUUAACAUUGGCAAGGACCGGAAGGUUCUGAAUGAUCAAGCAUUUGCGAUCUUAGUCCUCAUGGCAUUGUUCACAACCUUCAUCACAACUCCAAUUUUAAUGGCCAUCUACAAGCCUGCAAGAAAAGGAGCACCAUACAAGCACAGAACCAUCCAAAGAAAAGAUCAUGAUUCUGAGCUGCGGAUACUUGCUUGCUUCCACAGUAGCCGCAACAUCCCCACAUUGAUCAAUCUGAUUGAAUCAUCAAGAGGAACAGGCAAAAAGGGACGCCUUUGCGUUUACGCGAUGCACCUAAUGGAGCUUUCUGAACGAUCAUCAGCGAUAGCAAUGGUUCACAAAGCUCGGAACAACGGAAUCCCAAUCUGGAACAAGAUAGAGAGAUCAACGGAUCAGAUGGUGAUUGCUUUCGAGGCUUACCAGCAUCUAAGAGCCGUAGCGGUUAGACCCAUGACAGCAAUCUCUGACCUCAGCAGCAUCCACGUAGACAUAUGCACAAGCGCGCAUCAGAAACGAGUAGCGAUGAUACUGCUUCCGUUUCACAAGCAUCAGAGAGUGGACGGAGCGAUGGAGUCAAUCGGAAAUGGGUUCCAUGAAGUGAACCAACGGGUCUUACAGCGAGCUCCUUGCUCAGUCGGGAUUCUCGUGGACAGGGGACUUGGAGGAGCCUCCCAGGUUGUAGCCAGUGAGGUAGCUUACAAAGUUGUGGUUCCAUUCUUCGGAGGCCUGGACGACAGAGAAGCUCUCGCCUACGGUAUGAAAAUGGUGGAGCAUCCAGGAAUCACACUAACCGUUCUCAAAUUUGUAGCUGCGAGAGGGACACUAAAGCGAUUUGAGAAGAGUACACAAGACGAAAAUGAGAAGAAAGAAAAAGAGACUGAUGAAGAGUUUGUGAGGGAGUUGAUGAAUGAUCCAAGAGGAAAUGAGUCGUUGGCUUACGAGGAAAGAGUCGUUGAGAGCAAAGACGAUAUCAACGCGACGCUUAAGUCGAUGAGCAAAUGCAAUCUCUUCGUGGUUGGAAGAAAUGCAGCUGUUGCGUCGUUGAUAAGCAGUACGGAUUGUCCGGAGUUAGGACCAGUUGGCCGUUUGUUGUCGUCAUCAGAGUUUUCCACCACUGCGUCGGUGCUCGUCGUUCAGGGAUAUGAUCCGGCAGCAGAUACACGGCCGCUCGUUGAGGAAGAUGCUAAUUACGAUCAUGCUGCCAGAGAUAUUUCAGACUCAACUGUCUGAACGGAUUUAUUUUUAUAAGAAAAAAAAAGAAAGAGUACCUCAUUUUAUUUUUGCGUCUCACGAAAUAUUUUGAUUUUGUUUUUGAUUGGGACGAACUUGGAGUGUCUCGAUCUAUAUUGCUCUUUUGUAUUCCCCUAAAAUGAUGGUUGCCAUUAGAUUUACGGGCAUCAAAGUCGACCUGAGUUAUCAAAGGA